AUGAAGAGCGCGGUCGUCCUGCUCUGUCUGCUGCUGGUUCUCAGUCACGGCGACGGUCUGAGAUGCUUCUGUGGAGGACUGAGGAUUUGUCCGUCUGGUGGAGUGGAAACCUGCAGCAGCUUCAGUGAGCUGUGUGGCAGAGUGGUUAUCACCGCAGGAGCCAGCCCAAACUACUUCAGAGGCUGCAUGUCUGCGUCCACAUGCGCCGCUCUGGACAGGCCUGGGAUAUCGUCUGCUUUCUGCUGCAGGAGCGACGGCUGCAACAGAUAA